AUGGGUAUGGCCCUCAACCGUCUUGCUGAUGAAGACCCAACAUUCCGUAUUGCAUCUGAUCCUGAAACAGGAGAUACCGUAAUCUGGGGGAUGGGGGAACUUCACCUGGAGAUCAUCGUGGAUCGUAUGAAACGUGAGUUUAACGUAGAAGCGAACACAGGUCGUCCACAGGUAGCCUACAAAGAAACCAUCUCAACUACUGCUGAUGUUGAACACAAAUAUGUUAAACAGUCAGGAGGUAAAGGACAGUACGGACAUGUUAAAUUCCGUGUAUCACCACUGGAUUACAGUGUACCAGUAGAAGAUUUACCAAAAAACACUAAACGUGUUGAUGGUAUGGAAUUCAUUAACAAUAUCAAGGGAGGAGUUAUUCCAAACGAAUACAUCCCAGCUGUUGAAAAAGGAGUUCGCGAAGCAAUGCAACGUGGAGUACUCGCUGGAUACCCAAUGGUAGACCUGCAAGUAGAUCUCUACGAUGGUUCAUACCAUGACGUGGAUUCAUCUGAAAUUGCCUUUAAACUCGCAGCUAUGUAUGCCUUGAAAGAAGCAGCAGAAAAAGCUCGUCCAGUAAUCCUGGAACCAAUGAUGCGUGUGGAAAUCACCGUACCAGAAAAAUUCCUUGGAGAUAUUACUGGAAAUGUUUCAUCUAAGCGUGGACAAAUCGAAGGAGUAGAUGAUCGCGAAAUGGUUAAAACUAUUCGUUGUAUUAUCCCACUAUCAGAAAUGUUCGGAUACAUGAGUAGUCUACGUAGUAUGACUGAAGGACGCGGUAUGUUCUCAAUGGAAUUUGCUCGUUACGAUGUUGUGCCACAGAACGUAGCUGAUGAUAUCAUUAAAGCUCGUAAAUAG